AUGGGUUGUGGAGUGCCAACAAAAGUGAUAAAUUCAGAUGAAAUAAACUUUGAUGUCGAUGAAUUAAUCAUUUAGAAUGAAGAGUCAAUUCUUGGAAUUAAUUCUCAUAUCGAACCUAAAGCCUUACUCUUGCACACUUAAUAGCACAUUCUUAUGGACCAGGGAGAUGAUAGCCUUUAUUUCUCAAAUCGAACUCCUGACAACACAAUACCAACCACUUAUUCUAAUUAUUCAGGUCUCACUUCUAAAAAGUCAUGUUUAAAACUGACAAUAAAUCCAGAACCACAAGAUAAAGCCAUUACAGAAAAGAACGUUCAUUUCGACAAUAAAAUCAAAGUAGUUUUUGGAGAUAAAGUGUAUUUAUUUAGAAAAGUUAAGAAAACAAAACGAAAGUGUUCGAAAGUAAAUCUUGAUGAAAUCUUUUGA